AUAGAUGGCGCUAUGUGCAAUGUUGUUCCGCCGCCAUCUUGCACGCUUUCUUGUUGGGUCAACAUUUCGUAUGUAAUUUCCAAUUUACUUUAAGUGAAAAUGUCCGGACAAUACAUACAGGUAGCGGAAGAAGAAGGAGAGGAACCGAUAGAAAUUCCCAGCGAGGAUGACAUAACGUUACUUCUGUCCACGCUUGCUGCCCAGUUCCCGGGAGCAUGUGGGAUGAAAUAUAGAAACCCAGUCAGCGGCAACUUCCGGGGGAUACGAUUAUCUGAUGGCAAACUUCACCCUCCAGACGGGGCAUGGGGACAUUACGUAUUUGUUGUUGUUUUUCCUAAAGAUAACAAAAGGAAAGGGGAAGAAGUUAUUGAAAAUGCUAUUGCCAAGACAAAAUGUAUAGAAAAACAACGAUGUAGUGACCUGAUAGUAUUAGGUCUACCAUGGAAAACGAAUGAAAAGGAGCUAAGAGAAUAUUUUUCCAAAUACGGAGAUCUCCUUCUAGUUCAGGUGAAGCGAGACCCCAAAACACAGUAUUCCAAAGGCUUUGGGUUUAUCCGAUUUGCCGAGUAUGACUCCCAAGUAAAGUGUUUGGCAGAUCGACAUCAUAUAGAUGGCAGGAGGUGUGAUGUAACAAUCCCAAACUCAAACGAAGGGGCCCAACAGUUUGUAAGCAGAAAGGUGUUUGUAGCACGUUGUACAGAAGAUAUCACAGCUGAUGACCUUCACACUUACUUCAGCAAGUUUGGCGAAGUUAUUGAUGUGUUCAUUCCAAAGCCAUUUCGGGCAUUUGCCUUUGUCACCUUUGCUGACCCUGCCAUUGCAAGGAGUUUAUGCGGAGAAGACCACAUAAUCAAAUCAACUAGUGUUCAUGUCACAACAGCAGCACCCAAAAAUAGUGGGGACAAAUUUGAUGGGAAGGGAAAUUAUAACCGAGGAGGUGGGGGGCCCAAGGGCUGGAACCAGGGCCACCAGGCUAACUGGGGAAACACGGGGGGGAAACCAAUCAGCACUAUCGGGGGAAAUCAACCUACGCCCGACCCAAAUCUAGCAAACAGCAUUGGUAUGAACCUCAUGUUAGCAGCAGCACAAGCAGUCUUAAGUCAAGGACAAAUGCCACCUCCCCAGCAACAGGUUGGGGAAAACUACACCCAAGCUACUAAUCAGGGCUUUGAUAGCACACGACAAACAAACAGUGGUAGUGGGUUUUUUGGGGGAGGCUGGGGUUCCAAUGAGGCAAACAAUACCACCGGUGGGUAUGCAAACUGGGGUGGGGGACAACAAACUCAAGGACAACGGAGUGGAUGGAAUUAGUUAUAGCCUGGCCAUUGUCCCUUCCAUUUCUCGUAUACAUCAGAAAGAAGAAAUGUUUUAAUGAGAUAUAUAUUUAGCUCAGAUCAUUAGGACUGUACUCGGAAUGGUUGUAUACCACAAAUAGUUUAUAAAGGUUAUUUGCCACUAGCUAACAAUUUACAAGAAUACAAAUUUCGUCAUUGUAUUGACAACAUGCAAAUAGCCGGAGGUCCGUAUGGGUGUCAAUGAUUGUCCUUGUGAGAGUUUUGAGAAUAUUGUAAUGAUACUGUGCAUGAAUUGAGACUUGUUUCACAUUACUUAAAUAAGUGGUUCAAAAAUUGGAAUUGGAGUAGUUCUUUACAGCACAAUCAAGUUACACAUAGUCUCAAAACUCCACAGACAGUCAAUAAGUCAUAAAAAGUGGUGUUUUUUUUAUCUUUUUACUGGUGGUAUAUAAAUUCUCAGAAGUUGAUGAAACAGUUUCUUUUUGAAUUAUGAAUUUCCUUUAAUAUCCAAAUAUGAAAUUGUGUAGCAUCAAAAUUGAAAUUUUGCUUUGGAUGAAAUUGUAAAUACUUUCAGUUUUACUUUAAUUUUUAAAUUUUACAUUUAAAAAUCAUGCAUGUCAAAUUAGUGAUAACUACAUUACAGUCAAAUCAGGUGAUCCUCUCUAAUGUUGAAAAAUAAACACUCAAUCCUUAAGAAAAUUUGAACAUCCAUUUUCUGCAAAGGUGAAAUAUUUCCUGCUUAUUAAGGUUUUUUUGAUUUUUAGCUUAUGCUAUAUCCCAAGUAGUCUCCAUUUUACCAUUACUCUUCUAAACCAGGCUGUCACAAAAUUGACUUUGUUUGAACAAGUCAGAUUGUUAAGAAUUUUGUUAUACUGCAGUUGUAGUUUUAGAGGCCAUUCUGUAGUUUGAGAGGCUUACUUAGAGGGAACUACUAUUGUAGCUUUUAGUUUAAAUGCAUAAAGAAAAGUGUUUGUCUGUAUUCUGAGCGUAUUUUAUUUAAGAAAAAAAUAUUCAUUUACAAAAAUUUACCUAUAAUUGUGUAAAUAUUCUUCCCCCGAAGAAGUUUACACGGAACAUAUUUUGUAACCUAUCAAAUUCAAGAAAUAUUUUUUUCUCAUAAAUUUGUUAAUUCAUUUAAAUAUUGAUGAAAUGCAAUAACUUGAACAUAUAAUUACAAAAAUGAAAUUGAAUUAUUUUACGGAAUAUUUUGUUAAAUAAAAAGUCAUUAAUACUUGUAUUAAACUAUACUUGUGUAUUCCAGAAAACUUAUGUCUUGACAUAAGAUUAUUUCCUUUUAAAACAUAGCCACUUUGUUUAUGAGAAAUGGAUGGCACACUAGCCUAGAUUAGUUAGUAUGUGGGACUGGUAUAUAAGGAAGUAGCAGAAAUGAUAGGCAUUAGGAUGGAUGUGUCAUCAUUUUACCAAACACUAUGCCACACUUUGCAUAUACUUUCUUUUCUUUCUGGUUAUCUGUGUUGAUGUCAGCUUAUACACUUCAAACAUUUACAAGCCCAGCAUGGACAAAAGACAAAUAAUCAUGGACUCCAGAGACGCGGAUAUUCAUCUGAUUUGAUGGAGGAAGACCAGUACUUUUAUCAGGUAGUAUGUGUGGUGAACUGAACAACUAAGGGCCGCAAGUUGGUGAAAGAAUUUGGAAGACGUGUGGAGUACAAAAAACGAACAUUUUUUGGAAGAAACAACUUGUAAGUGAUUUGAUAUGGUGUGUUGUAAAGUGAAGUGCUAAUUCUUUGGAAGUGUUUUGGAGGGAUGUAAAAGGACACGCCGAAUGAAACUGGAGUGUUGCAUUGUUGAAAAUCGUGGAAGAUUUUAUGUUGUGCGGUGGCUUUUGUAUGUACUUGUAAGGGUGCUUAGAAAGGAGUGUGAAUAAAACUUAUACUGCAAAUUGUAGUAAGAAUAUAUAAUGUG